UCUCUCUCUCUCUCUCUCUCUCUCUGGGCGGCGCACUCUGACGCGCGGAGGCGCUGCUGCCGGCGAGAUGGCGCUGAGCUCGGCCUGGAAGCAGAUGUCGUGGCUCUAUUACCAGUACCUGCUGGUCACCGCUCUCUACAUGCUGGAGCCUUGGGAACGGACGGUGUUCAAUUCCAUGUUAGUAUCAAUCCUUGGAAUGGCACUUUACACUGGCUAUGUUUUCAUGCCUCAGCAUAUUAUGGCAAUAUUGCACUAUUUUGAAAUUGUGCAAUGAUGAAGAAUGUAUCAAGCAGUGACCAGUCAGAAGCUGAAGAACUGACCAUCUACAAUUAAGGAGUUCUACAGAUGACGAGACAAGCAAGAAGUGAUUGUGAACACAGCUGAUAGUCACCACUAAGGGAUGCAGUAUGCCCUAAGUUUUGGUGGCAUUUUCUUUCUUAACAAAAAAUUCCUUGUAUAGCAAUUUGUCUAUUAACAUUGUGAUUGUUUGUACCUUUGAUAUCAGUAUUUUCUUAACUUUGUGACAGUCUCAGUAUUACACUGUGAAAGCUUUUCUUACUGUAACUUUGAGUGCAUUUUGCCUUCUAUUUUUAAUCAAAAAUCAUCUUAUUAAAUGGGGCUUAGAGCUUUUGCUAUUGUAUGGGUUAUAUGUGCAACUGGGUAUAUUUCUAGCUAACAUUUUGUAAGAAAAAAUGUUUAGAUUCAUAUGGAGAUGUGGAUAUAUUCAUGGAAUCUUACAAAACCUUGUUUGUAAGACCUAACUCAGGUGCUUUAACUGCUAUCUGGACUGUUCAACAGAAUACUUUGGUAUCAUUCUAUUUUGCUUUAGGAAUAAAUGGAAAUGUUUUGUUCCAUUUGGAGAAGAAUAAGACCACUUGGCACUGCAUGUAUGGAACACUACUUUGUAAGAGGAAAGUGUGGGACCCAACUCCUGUCUGAACAUAAAAUCUUAAUUUUAUUUUAUGCAUGUCAUCUGGAGUUUUGUGAUAACAUCUUAAAGCUGCUAUUAUAGCUUCUUACUGUACUAUACUUUUGUUUGUUUAUUUCCCAAGGAGCAUAUUUUAAUAUAGACUGAGUUCAAAGACCAUGUCUAUGGCAGUUGGCUAUAAUAUAAUCAUGUCUGUAUUGUGAACCCUGUAUUGUAACUGUUGUCCAAACACCCUUGAAUACUUAGACCAAAUGACCAAAAUAUAAUGUUUGAUGUAGACUUGAGUUAAAAACCACAGCAAUAAGGAGCUGUCUACUAGGCUGAAGUCUUGUCUUAGUUUUUAUAGCUUUUUUCAGAUUUCUAUUCUGAAAUGUAAGAUGGCAGUUUUUAAGGUGUGGGUUCUUUUCCCCCCCAAAAUAAAAGCUGAAAGCAGAGUUGA